AUGGCGGCUCCCGGCCCUGCCGCAGCGCGCCUGCGCCGCUACGUCUACACGGGCGCCUUCGCGGCCAUCACCAUCGCCGGCACGAUUUACGGCGCCGGCCUCAAGACGCAGCAGGAAGUCAAAGUCACCAGACCGCUAAACUCGGGCUCAACCCAUCCCUGCACACAGGAGCGACAAAAGAUCGUCGAGGCCACGGCAGAAGACAAGAUCGCCAUGCUCGAGGACCGCAAGAAGGCGCUGAUACUGCAAAAGGCGCCGCUGGACCGCAAGCUCGAGGCGCUGAGGGAGAGGAUGAGGGCCAACAGCAGCGACAGCGACAGCGACAGCGACAGCUCCGGCUCCGGCCGGUGA